AUACUGUACACUCGAUCUACCAAAUCAAAGCUGUGUAUAACAUUUUAUGUAUGCAUUCCAUUCCGUCAGUCCAAAAUGAAUAUCCUGAUUGUUCUGUUGUGUUUUUCUUCAGCCUUGGGGUUCCCAAGUUUUCAGGACGAGAUUCCUAAUGGAGGAGAAGUACCACACCCAUGUAAGGCUAAUCAUAUCUGGAGGGGCGUCGGACAUCUGAACCCGCUUGGAGGAGGUGACAGAAAUCCUUUCGGUGCUGACUUCCAGAAUGCUGGAGCUACAUGGACAACGGCCUUGUGUGAGAUGGACUCUGACGAGGACGGGCAGACUAACGGGGAGGAGCUGGGGGACCCAGAAUGUGUCUGGGCUAAAGGCGAUACCCCAGCGGUCACAGUCGGUAUCAGUCACCCUGGGGUGUGUACUCCUUACUCCGAUCCCUCGUGCCAGGUGGCUAACCAAUGGAUUGACUGCGAUGUCAGACAGCUCCAAUGUGACGCUCUAAGUGAAGAAGGAAUGCAAAACAUAACUGUACGUUUUCCUAUGACGGCGGUGCCCGCUAACGAGACGAACUAUUACUGCAUGCUGUUUGAACUACCGACAGAUGAGGACUACCACAUGGUCGCUACCACUCCUUACAUAGAUAACGAGGAGGUCAUGCAUCACAUUAUAUUAUUCGGCUGUGACGAAACAGAUAGCCCGAUCACUGACGUUCCUGUGAACGUCCCUCGACCCUGUGGUAUGAUAGCACAUCGACAAUGUACGACGAUGAUUGGAAUUUGGGCAGUGGGGUUCAGCGGCGAAUGUGUGCACAGGGAUAUCGGCUUCAGAAUAGGACGGAAUGGCUUCAAAAAGGCAGCGUUCCAGUUCCAUUGGAACAACCCCAUGCUUCGUACCGAUUUCAUGGACAGUUCCGGAAUGACACUGUAUUUCACGGCAAAUCGUCGCGUGCACGACGCCAACAUCAUGAUGAUUGGUCAGAAUUACCUUGCAAUCCCUCCAGGAGAGACGGAAUACACAGCCGAAGCCACGUGCACAAAGGGCUGCACGUCAAAGAAGUGGUCCGAUACCGUCUACGUUACCAGGGCGCUCAACCACAUGCACUAUAUGGGGCGUAAGCAGAGAAUUGAACACUACAGGGACGGAGUAAAACUACGGGACGUGACCUACGACGAACUGUAUAGCUACGACAGUCCGGUCCUUUACGAAUUCCAGGAUCCAAUUGAGUUGCGACCAGGGGAUGAACUGAAGACCACAUGUACAUACAGGUCUAUCGGCAAAGACAAGACUACAUUUCAAGGGGACGGAACUGCCGAUGAAAUGUGUUUCGGAUUCCUUACCUUCCACCCUGCUGAAAACAUUCAGAUGCCGUAUUGCACUGCCUGGAAGGGAAUAGAUCUUUGUAAGAUUCAUAGUUUAAAACAAGAUUUUCCAGUUGUCGAUGGCUGCAACGUUCAUGCUCUCCUGAACAACACGCAUCCGGACACUAUUCGUUUGGAUACCGAACUCUUUAGUCGUUGUACACCCUUUCAAUCGUGCCGAAAGGAAUGCAAAGAGUUCCUCAAAGAAGAGCUACGCCGUAACAAAUGCAUCCAGGGAGAUCUUGCAGACUACUUCCGGCUAUAUGCGACACGUUCUCGGGACAAUAUGUUAUUCUGGGCAGCAAUUGAUUCUUGUAAAGCCGAGAUUGCAGCGGACGCGUUUCAAUGUGACGCUUCUAAAUGUAAUAACUCGAGUAGUGUUUGCGAAAUAGUCGGGGGUGUUGGUAGUGUCGCAGCCUCAAUGACUGUCGUGAGUUUCUCUCUUCUCAUCAAUCUGUUGAUGAAAAUAUAGGCUAUUAACUGGUGAAUUGUCUCUCAUAUCGCCAGCUGAGCUUCAUAGUUUGACUACUUAUCAUUUGAAAAAAAUGCUAUCUUUUCGCAGUUUGUUUUGCCUGUCUUAAUUUCCCGUUAAGAUAAUGUCGUGGUGUCAAUAAAACCAUAAUU